GCCAGUAGGUUCCCGAGCGCGUUGCCGGUGACCCCACAGUGGGUGUUUAAGGGAGGACGGGACAGACUGACCAGACGCCGACAAGAGCCCGAAGAAGCUAGCAAGCACCAUGCGUGAGAUCGUGCACAUCCAAGCGGGCCAGUGCGGCAACCAGAUCGGUGCCAAGUUUUGGGAGGUCAUCAGUGAUGAGCAUGGGAUCGACCCCACUGGCAGUUACCAUGGAGACAGUGAUUUGCAGCUGGAGAGAAUCAAUGUGUACUACAAUGAAGCCACUGGUAAUUGCUUUGCCGGCACGCCCCCCCCCCCCAUUUCAAUUUUUUACUCUCCUAACUCUCUGCUUGCACAUUUAAGUCUAGCUGUCUUCCCUCCAGGUAACAAGUACGUUCCCCGGGCCAUCCUGGUGGACCUGGAGCCGGGCACCAUGGACUCCGUCAGGUCUGGGCCAUUCGGCCAGAUCUUCAGGCCGGACAACUUCGUGUUUGGCCAGAGUGGUGCGGGAAACAACUGGGCAAAGGGUCACUACACAGAGGGAGCCGAACUGGUGGACUCGGUCCUGGACGUGGUGAGGAAGGAGUCAGAGAGCUGUGACUGUCUGCAGGGCUUCCAGCUGACCCACUCACUGGGGGGCGGCACGGGGUCCGGGAUGGGCACGCUGCUCAUCAGCAAGAUCCGGGAGGAGUACCCAGACCGCAUCAUGAACACCUUCAGCGUCAUGCCCUCGCCCAAGGUGUCCGACACGGUGGUCGAGCCCUACAACGCCACCCUGUCCGUGCACCAGCUGGUGGAGAACACGGAUGAAACCUACUGCAUCGACAACGAGGCCCUGUACGACAUCUGCUUCCGCACCCUGAAACUGACCACCCCCACGUACGGAGACCUCAACCACCUGGUGUCGGCCACCAUGAGCGGCGUCACCACCUGCCUGCGCUUCCCGGGCCAGCUGAACGCCGACCUGCGCAAGCUGGCCGUGAACAUGGUGCCCUUCCCGCGCCUGCACUUCUUCAUGCCCGGCUUCGCCCCCCUGACCAGCCGGGGCAGCCAGCAGUACCGCGCGCUCACGGUGCCCGAGCUCACGCAGCAGAUGUUCGACUCCAAGAACAUGAUGGCCGCCUGCGACCCGCGUCACGGCCGCUACCUGACCGUGGCCGCCAUCUUCCGCGGCCGCAUGUCCAUGAAGGAGGUGGACGAGCAGAUGCUCAACGUGCAGAACAAGAACAGCAGCUACUUCGUCGAGUGGAUCCCCAACAACGUGAAGACGGCCGUGUGCGACAUCCCGCCGCGCGGCCUCAAGAUGUCGGCCACCUUCAUCGGCAACAGCACGGCCAUCCAGGAGCUGUUCAAGCGCAUCUCGGAGCAGUUCACGGCCAUGUUCCGGCGCAAGGCCUUCCUGCACUGGUACACGGGCGAGGGCAUGGAUGAGAUGGAGUUCACCGAGGCCGAGAGCAACAUGAACGACCUGGUGUCCGAGUACCAGCAGUACCAGGACGCCACGGCCGAUGAACAGGGGGAGUUCGAGGAGGAGGAGGGCGAGGACGAGGCUUAAAGUCACAAAGGAAAGCAGGUUAGGGAAAGUCCAGAAGGAAAGCACGGGGGAGGGGGGCUUAGUGGUGAAAAUCUCUUGGCAGUUGAAGGAAAGAAGCAUGGUCUUCUCUAGGUGUGUGCGCUGGUUCUCUGGUGCUCUUCACUGUUGCCUGUCAUUUUUUUUUUCUUUUUGUAAUAUUGAUGACAUCAAUGUAACAUUUGAGAUAUUUCUGAACUACUGUUGUAAUGGCUAAAAUCACAUAAACGUUUGUGUCCUAAUGGUGUCCUCUCUUC